ACAGAGUUAAAUAAAACCCAUAUGGCUGCAUCAUCAGGGGCGAGCCUCUUUCCUCUUUGCUUUUAACGCUACCCACACUUCACACUGCCAUCAGAAGAAGACAGAUCAUUCAAGUGGCUGGACCAGCUUUUGAUAUUAGCAGCAGCCAGUAAAGUGAGACUGCCCUUGUAGUUACUUUUGUAAGGGCUUCCUGAACUAACAACUGCAGAGUCAGGUACUCAUCUACUCAAUUUCUAGAGAAGAACGACUUGGAAAUUAACCAAAAUGUUGAUUCUUCUGGCACUAAUCUGUGUUCUUCAUGUGGCAACUAUUGUGAUGCUGUUUGUUUCCACUAUUGACAGCUCAUGGUACAUUAUGGGCACUAACAGUACAGACAUUUGGAAGAAGUGCAUAUACGUGAAUAAUUCAUACUCAUGCGUGGAUGUGACAGAUUAUGGAAACCAAGAUUACCUCAGGGCAGUACAGGCUUUAAUGAUUCUGGCUGUCAUCUUCUCAUGCUUUUCCAUCUUCUCCUUCCUCGUUCAACUUUUCACAGCUGAGCCAAAAAGGAGGUUUUUCAUCACUGGAGGAAUCCACAUGCUGUGUUGUUUGUGUGUAAUGUGUGCCGCUAGCAUCUACACGGCCCAGUUCCCUCAGCCAAAAUCUCAGUGGACUGCAGGAACCUAUGGUUACUCAUAUAUACUGGCCUGGAUCUGUUUCUGCCUAUCAUUCAUCAACAGCAUCAUCUAUUGUGUUCUUAGGAAAAAAGGAGAUGACUAAAUACUUGGAGAAAGGGACUGAUCUCAGAUUAAUAUUAGACUGAGGGGCAUUCCUGGGUAAUGAACGAUAUGGAUGUUUCCUGCAUUACUUUUUACCAAACUCUGGGAUACCACUACAUUCGAAGUAGACACCCAGUAGAUGCACUAUAUAUAUAGAAUUACAGAGACAAAUGGAGAAAUUAUAUUUACUACACUGUUGUAUGACACUUAUUUAAGCUGUGUUUGUGCUAAAUCUAGUGUAGCAAAUCUGAUGCCAGAUCUCCAUCAUAACAAAGUCAUUAUAUAAAUCAAAACAGCCAUCUUUGAACUUCUGCAUUUUUCAGUAAUGCCCUGUUGUUUUUUUAUGGUAACAGACUGAGGGAAGUUAUUUAUGCUUCUAAUUGCUUUGGUACUAAGUAACUCUGCUAUUCUACAGCUUGACACAUGGAGAAACACCUUAGAAAUUUGACACUAUAUUAAAUGACAAAUAUAGCUUAUGAAAAAUAUUACUGCAGUCAAUAUAUGUUUUGCAGACAUUAUUGCUGUUGACAAUAAGAAAUUACUAAAAAUCCAAAUGACCAGUUUAUGCUGCCAGGCCAGCAGAAUUUAUGUGUUUCCAGUUAAGUCUUUCUUUAAAAGUAUGGAAAAUACAAUAUCCAAACAUGGUGCUGGUGUGUGUGUGUGUGUGUGUGUGUGUGUGUGUGUGUGUGUG